GUAUCGACAAGUUAUUAGUUUCGGCAGACGUUGUGUCCUUAUUUUAGCUUUUUUCCAUUGUAAAAGCAUUAAUUUCUUCUAAUACUUCUUAGUAAUUAAGUUUAGUGCAUGUACAUUAUUUAAUUAAUGAAAGUACUUAGCACCUGUAUUGAUUUAACCACAAAAGUUGAUACGAAAUUCGGCUAAACUCAACGCAAAUUCGGGCGUCGACCGGUCCAUCCCUCCUACCCGUAAUAACCGUUGCCGUUCUGUCAGUCAGUCGCAAUCGUCAUUUUGUACGUAUCAUCGCCGUGCGCGGUCACGGGUAACGCGGACAGAGGAACAUCGAGGCGAGGUGAUAUUGUAAAGGAUCUCGAGUGUUGUGAGGUGCAGUGUCGGUCGUCGCGACCGUUUAAUGUGGUAUCCAGUGCCGGUUUUAGGUUAUCGGUUGUCGGGCCGCGCGGCGUGAUUGGGCGGCACGAUGGUGGACAUGGAUAGGAACGAUCCGGAACUCCGGUACCUGUCGGUCGAUCGGAACAGUUUCAAUGACCCCGCGACUCAGGCGGAAUGGACCCAGAAGCGGUUGGUGUGGGUGCCCCACGAGACCCAGGGCUUCGUGGCGGCCGGGAUCAAAGGGGAGCGAGGGGACGAGGUGGAGGUGGAGAUCGCGGAGUCCGGGAAGAGGAUGCUGGUCCCCAUAGACGACAUCCAGAAGAUGAACCCCCCGAAGUUUGAUAAAGUGGAGGACAUGGCCGAGCUCACCUGCCUGAACGAAGCCUCGGUGCUGCACAAUAUCAAGGACAGAUACUACUCUGGACUCAUUUAUACAUAUUCCGGCCUCUUCUGCGUGGUGGUGAACCCGUACAAGAAGCUGCCGAUAUACACGGAGAAGAUCAUGGAGAGGUACAAAGGCAUCAAGAGGCACGAGGUCCCGCCCCACGUGUUCGCCAUCACAGACACAGCGUACCGUUCCAUGUUACAGGAUCGCGAGGACCAGUCCAUCCUGUGCACGGGCGAGUCGGGUGCGGGCAAGACGGAAAACACGAAGAAGGUCAUCCAGUACUUGGCGUACGUCGCUGCCUCCAAGCCCAAGGGAUCUGGAGCGGGACCGACUCCGCAGUUGAUUAUAGGAGAGUUGGAACAACAGUUGCUGCAGGCUAACCCUAUUUUAGAAGCCUUUGGUAAUGCUAAAACAGUCAAAAACGACAACUCGUCAAGAUUUGGUAAAUUCAUAAGAAUAAACUUCGACGCGUCAGGCUUCAUAGCGGGCGCGAACAUCGAAACGUACUUAUUAGAAAAAUCGAGAGCCAUCAGGCAAGCGAAAGACGAACGGACAUUCCACAUCUUCUACCAACUUCUAGCAGGAGCGACGCCGCAGCAAAAAGCGGAGUACAUUCUAGAAGACCCCAAAAGUUACCCCUUCUUGUCAAAUGCCGCGUUACCAGUACCAGGAAUUGAUGAUACGGUCGAAUUCCAAGCGACUAUCAAGUCCAUGAAUAUCAUGGGCAUGAACAUGGAAGACUUCAAUUCCAUCUUCAGAAUAGUGUCGGCGGUUCUCUUGUUCGGAUCCAUGCAGUUCAAGCAGGAGAGGAACUCUGAUCAGGCCACGCUGCCUGACAACACAGUAGCGCAGAAAAUCGCGCAUUUGUUAGGUCUUUCGGUAACAGAAAUGACGAAAGCUUUCCUAAAACCAAGAAUCAAAGUGGGUCGUGAUUUCGUAACGAAAGCACAGACUAAGGAACAAGUAGAAUUCUCCGUGGAAGCCAUCGGAAAGGCGUGCUACGAGCGCCUCUUCAGAUGGCUGGUCAACAGAAUCAACAGGUCGCUAGACAGAACGAAGAGACAGGGUGCCUCGUUUAUCGGCAUCCUCGAUAUGGCAGGUUUUGAAAUCUUCGACCUGAACUCGUUUGAACAGCUCUGCAUCAACUACACAAACGAAAAGUUGCAGCAACUGUUCAAUCACACGAUGUUCAUUCUCGAGCAGGAAGAGUACCAGAGGGAAGGAAUCGAGUGGAAAUUUAUUGAUUUCGGACUCGAUCUGCAACCGACCAUCGACCUUAUCGACAAACCCAUGGGUAUCAUGGCGCUCCUGGACGAGGAGUGUUGGUUCCCCAAAGCGACAGACAAGACUUUCGUUGAGAAACUAGUGUCUGCUCACUCCGUCCACCCUAAGUUUAUGAAGACAGAUUUCCGUGGUAUCGCUGACUUCGCGAUCAUCCACUACGCUGGGAAAGUGGAUUACUCAGCGGCACAGUGGCUGAUGAAGAACAUGGACCCUCUUAACGAGAACGUGGUGUCACUUCUUCAGUCCUCCCAGGAUCCUUUCGUAUGCCACAUUUGGAAGGACGCCGAGAUCGUCGGUAUGGCGCAGCAAGCCAUGACUGACACCCAAUUCGGUGCCAGAACGAGAAAGGGUAUGUUCAGGACCGUGUCACAGUUGUACAAAGAACAGUUGACGAAAUUGAUGGCGACUCUCAGAAACACAAAUCCGAACUUCGUGAGGUGUAUCAUUCCAAACCACGAAAAGAAGGCUGGCAAGAUCGAAGCGCCUUUAGUUCUUGAUCAGCUCCGAUGCAAUGGUGUGCUCGAGGGUAUCAGGAUAUGCAGACAAGGUUUCCCCAACCGUAUACCGUUCCAGGAGUUCAGGCAGCGUUACGAGCUGCUGACGCCGAACAUAAUUCCUAAGGGAUUCAUGGAUGGGAAGAAGGCCUGCGAGCAGAUGAUCGAGGCUCUGGAGCUGGAUCAUAAUUUGUUCCGCGUGGGUCAGUCGAAGAUCUUCUUCAGGGCGGGAGUGUUGGCGCACUUGGAGGAGGAGCGCGACUACAAGAUCACGGACCUGAUCGUGAACUUCCAAGCGUUCUGCCGCGGGUUCCUGGCGCGCCGCAAUUACCAGAAGAGGCUGCAACAGCUCAACGCCAUCAGAAUUAUCCAGAGGAACUGCGCCGCGUACUUGAAGCUAAGGAAUUGGCAAUGGUGGAGGUUGUAUAUAAAGGUGAAACCUCUCUUGGAAGUGACGAAGCAAGAAGAGAAGUUGACACAGAAGGAGGACGAGCUGCGCCAGAUCCGCGACCGGCUGGAGACGCAGGUCAAGCGCUGCGUGGAGUACGAGCAGAAGUACCAGCAGGCCAACGCCGAGAAGACGCAGCUGGCUGAACAGCUGCAGGCGGAGUUAGAGCUAUGCGCCGAAGCGGAAGAGAGUCGGGCCCGCGCGGCCGCUCGCAAGCAGGAAUUGGAAGAACUGCUGCACGACCUGGAGGGCCGCAUCGAAGAGGAGGAGGAGCGCUGCAACGCGCUGCACCAGGAGAAGAAGCGGCUGCAGCUCAAUAUACAGGACCUAGAAGAACAGCUAGAAGAGGAAGAAGCAGCUCGUCAGAAGCUGCAGCUGGAGCGCGUGCAGUGUGACUCCAAGCUCAAGAAGCUGGAGGAGGACCUCGCGCUCAGCGAGGACACCAACCAGAAGCUCGUCAAGGAGAAGAAGAUUCUAGAAGAAAGAGCCAACGACUUAUCGCAAGCGUUGGCAGAAGAAGAAGAGAAGGCUAAGCACUUGAGCAAACUCAAAGCCAAGCAAGAGUCGGCCAUCGCGGAAUUGGAAGAGAAACUGCUGAAGGACCACCAACUGCGUCAAGAGGUGGACCGCGCCAAGAGGAAGCUGGAGACGGAACUCCAAGAUGUCAAGGAGCAGCUGGCCGAGAGGAAGGCACAGGUUGAGGAGCUGCAGAUUGUGCUCACAAAACGCGAGGAGGAGUUAGCAGCAGCACUAAGCCGAGCCGACGAAGAAGGCGCCGCACGUGCCGCCGCUCAGAAGGGAGCCCGAGAGGCCGCUGCAGCCCUGGCUGAAGCUCACGAGGACCUGGAGGCUGAACGGGCUGCCAGGACUAAAGCUGAGAAGCUUAGGCGGGACCUGAAUGAAGAGUUAGAAGCGUUGAAGAGCGAACUGCUGGACUCGCUUGAUACUACAGCAGCCCAACAAGAGCUCCGAUCAAAGCGGGAGCAAGAGGUAGCGGUCCUCAAACGCAGCCUCGAGGAAGAGGCGGCUUCACAUGAAGCCACGCUGGCCGACCAGCGUCACAAGCACUCGCAGGAGCUCACGCAGCUUAACGAGCAGCACGAGCAGAUCAAGAAGGCUAAAGCUGCGCUGGAGAAACAAAAGCAAACCCUAGAGGCAGAGAAUGCUGACCUAGCGACCGAGCUGAAGACAGCGGCGGCCGCGCGUGCGGACGCCGAGCGCCGCCGAAAGCAAGUUGAAGCACAGCUGCAGGAGUUGGGAGCCAAACUACAGGAGGUUGACCGUGCCAGAGCGGAGGUAGCGGAGAAGUGCGUCCGUCUGCAGAGCGAGGCGGAGACGGCGCUUCAGCAGCUGGAAGCGGCCGAGUUGAAGGCCUCCGCCGCCGCCAAGCAGGCUGCCACCAUCGGCGCACAGCACAGCGAGGCGCAGGCGCUGCUGGAGGAAGAAACAAAGCAGAAGCUCUCGCUUCAAACGCGUCUUCGCAACGUGGAGGCACAGCUGGAGCAGGCGCGCGACUCGCUCGACGAGGAGGACGAGGCCAAGCGCAACCUCGAAAAGCAGGUGGCCGCCCUAACCCAGCAGUUGGCCGACGCGAAGAAGAAAGCAGAAGAAGAGGCAGAAGCAGCGGCCGCCAUUGAAGAACAGCGCAAGAAGCUGGCCAAGGACGCCGAGGCGCUGCACAGGCAGAUCGACGAGCUGCAACAGGCCAACGACAAGCUGGACAAGAGCAAAAAGAAGAUUCAAGCGGAGCUGGAAGACACGAACAUUGAGCUGGAAGCGCAGCGCGCCAAAGUACUUGAGCUUGAAAAGAAACAGAAGAGCUUUGAUAAGGUGGUGGCGGAAGAGCGUGCGGUAGCGGAGAGGUACGCAGCGGAGCGCGACCAAGCGGAGCGCGAGGCGCGUGACAAAGAAACCCGCGUGUUGUCGCUUACACGCGAGCUCGACGAUGCCGCUGAGAAGAUCGAAGAGCUAGAACGGACGAAACGCGUGCUCCAAUCCGAGCUAGAUGAGCUCGCGAAUACUCAAGGCACUGCCGAUAAGAACGUUCACGAGCUGGAGAAAGCCAAGCGCGCGCUUGAAUCCGCCCUGGCCGAGUUGCGAGCGCAGAACGAAGAGAUCGAAGACGACCUACAGCUGACAGAAGACGCCAAGCUACGCCUCGAGGUCAACAUGCAGGCCAUGCGAGCGCAGUUCGAGCGCGACCUACAGGCCAAAGAGGAACAGGGCGAGGAGAAACGCCGCGGCAUCGUGAAGCAACUACGCGACCUUGAGGCCGAGUUGGAAGAGGAGCGAAAGCAGCGCGCCGCCGCGUUGGCGCAGCGCAAGAAGCUUGACGCUGACCUCAAGGAUGCUACACAAGCGUUGCACAUGGCUAACAAGGUCAAAGAGGACGCGACGAAACAAGUGAAGAAGCUCCAGCAGCAACUCAAAGAAGCCGCCCGGGAAGCCGAAGAAGCCCGAGCGGGGAAAGAAGAGGCCGCGGCUGGGGCCCGCGAGGCCGAGCGCCGAGUCAAGGCGCUGGAAGCCGAGGCGCUCCAGCACAGCGAGGAGCUGGGCGCCGCCGAGCGCGCGCGCCGACAGGCCGAGGCCGAGCGCGACGACUUGCUGGACGAGCUCACCAACCACGCGGCCAAGACCACACUUCUCGUAGACGAGAAGAAGCGCCUGGAAGCACGGAUAGCGGCCCUCGAAGAGGACCUGGACGAGGAGCAGUCCAACAACGAGAUCCUCAACGACAGGCUUAGGAAGUCACAGAACCAGAUCGACCAGGUGACUAUGGAGCUGGGCACGGAGAAGGCGGCCACGCAGAAGCUGGAGAGCAGCAAGCUGGUGCUGGAGCGUCAGAACAAGGAGCUCAAGGCUAAGCUGGCCGAGCUCGAGACCGCCGCGCGGACCAAGACCAAGGGCGUGAUCACAUCCUUGGAGCUGAAGGUGGCCAACCUAGAGGAGCAACUAGAGGUGGAAUCGCGUGAGAGGCUGGCGCAGCAGAAGGCCUCCCGCAAGCUCGACAAGAAGAUGAAGGAGCUCGCACUGCAGCUCGACGAGGAGCGCCGCCACGCAGACCAGUACAAGGAGCAGAUCGAGAAGAUGAACGGCCGCGUCAAGGCGCUGAAGCGACAACUGGACGAGGCCGAGGAAGAAGUUCAGCGCGAGAAGGUCGGCAAGCGCAAGGCUCAGCGCGAGCUCGAAGACUUACUGGAAACGCACGAGACGCUCUCGCGCGAGCUCAACAACGUCCGCAACAAACUCCGACGGCAAGGCGGCGGCAUCGGCCUGUCCACCGGCUCCUCGUCAUCCCGCAUGAAGAGAACUUCUCUGGCUCCCGGCGGCGGCUCCGGCGACGAGUCGUUCGAUGACGUCAACGAUACCACCAAUAGCGUCGAGUGACACGUCACCGCCCGCCGGCGCGAGGGGACUACGUCACGCGCUACAGCCAAUCGGGGGGCUGGUACCGGUAAUACCGAUUAGUUGUUUGAAAUAUCGAUUCUUAUAUCGUUACACUUGUAAAGCCUGGUCUGUGAGCACGUAGAAUUUUGUCCAAUGACCCCAUGCUACCCAUCGUUAUCGUUCGCGCGUAAUUAUGUUGCUGUCGCGCUCGCACACUCACUGCGGGCGCGCGUCGCACAGUCGCGACACCAAUAUAAUUACGCGCGAGCGAUAAGGAUGGGUAGCAUGGGGUCAUUGGACAAAAUUCUACGUGCUCACAGACCAGACUAUAGCAUCAAGAUUAUCUUAUUGUAAAUUACACAAAUACAAUUAUGUACUAUUCAUUUAUGUGAUUAUGCAUCUAAUCUAGAAUUUCAAGUCUGUUUUAAGUGAUAUUCUGGUGUCGAUAUCAGCCCCUUAAUUAAAUUUACAAUGUGGCCAAUCUGUUAUAAUGCGUCUGAAUUUUAAAUUGAUAAUUUGGCGUUAGUUCUAAGUCUUUUCAGUUGCAUUCUAAGAGGUUGGUCGCUGUGUAAACUUCAAUUUUUGAACUUUCAUCGAAUUGAUCAAGCUUGCGUUGAAUGUAGCGAUUGGUUGACGAAACCUAAAGCUGCACGCGGCAUAAGUUAAACUGAUCAAGUUCUAUGCAUGAAAUUGAAGUUGCUAGGGUUUCCAAAGAACGUGGUGUCGUCACAUUACUUGAUAGAAAUAUACCUAAACCUCGGUAUUUAAUACAGUGCUGUGAUGUGGCAACACUUCGGUCUUUGCAAACCAAUAACCAAAACCAGUAACUACGAAUGAUGAUUCAUUGUAGCGGCAGUGACUUAAUUUUGAAAAUGUAAAAAAAUGGUCCCCUCGUUAGCUGCUGGAUUCUCCAAUGGCGUUGACACAUCCACAAACAUUGUACUUAUUGCGAUUUGCUAUGUCAACUGUAAAACAUUGUCGAUAUUAUAAUUAAUUGUGGUUAGCCGUCUAUCACCUUAUAAUCAUGGUUUUAGGAAGGAUUCGACCGAAUUUUGUAUUCGAACAUUCAAUUUGUUUUUUAUCUUGUAAUCUAAAAAAUAGUAAGCGCCAGUUCGUUUCCCAAAAACCAUGGUUAUAAAGGUUUUUGUUUUACUUUCACUUUCAUGUAAAAAUAUGUUCGUCAAUUGUUACCUCUGCGACGAAUACUAUGUAUGGAAUAAUAGGUCAAGAUGUAGCAAGGCUUUGUAUCAACAUUUUAUAUCCUUCUCUGUCGGUAUUGUAAUUAUUGAAUUAGUGAUUAAUGAAAUUUUCGAGUACAUAUUUGAAAGUAUAUCGGGCGCUCAAAUAUUUUUGAAUUGCAUUUACAGUCUGUGAAUCUCUGGUAGUAUUUCAAAUCGGAGCAUUUCACGAGCCAGUAUUAUUAACGAAACAUUCCUAACAAUCGAGUUCUCAGUUUUACCCGACGCAGGUAAAACGAUAAAUUACUCAUUGGGUGAUAUUGUGAUGAAAUUAAAAGUAAUAAAAAGUAUUACAAAUUAAACGAUCGAUUUUGCAUUUAAAGCGACUGAAUGGCGAAGACUGUUUUUGCGACAAUACACUGGACCCCAAUUUUGUCCGAUGGCCGGUACCCGCUUAGGCAAGCAUGCUCAUACGUACACCAUGUAAAUAUAAUCAGUGUUCCACUGAUCGCUUAGUUGCCAUACAAAUUUAAUGAUAGUUGUUAAGUAAGGACAUGUAAGCUUCGUGCUGCGCGCGGGGGCUGUACAGUCUGGACGCUCGCUGCGUAUUCUACACGUUAGUUAAGACUCGUAGUAAUAAAUCGUGGCCUUAGUUUUUUAAUAUGAACUUAUACGUAAAACGAACGAUUCUGUCUUUUGUAUUAAAGGCCUAACAACUUUCAUAAAAUAACUCUGUAUCUUCGCGAGCAUUUUAUAUGACUAUUUACCGAAGUCUUAAUUAUUGUAAUGACGUCUUUUUUUAAUUAUAUAGUUUUUUUUCUGAUUAAUAAUAUAAAAUUUAAAUGUAAGUAAACCAGCAUAAAACUUAUUUUACAUAUAAUAUUAUAUUUAAUUAUUAACAAUAUUGAUAAUUGUAAAAUUGGCCAUAGGUUGUAACAAGUUAUCAGUUGGUAUGCCAAUUAAACAAUUUUUCAUGAUUUUUAAAUAA